ACGAUGACGCAAGUCAACAAAGGUCCCGUGCCAGUAGCGCUGCUCUGUUAUUGGCUGUCCAUGGAGGGGCGGGCUAGGCCUAGAAAGGGGAGGACUUUGAUGCGCGGCGUGGGUGCGCUGUGUGUAUGUAUGUGAGAGAGAAGUGCGUGUGUGAUGGUUGCUGACACAAUUACAGUAACUUUUUGGCAGUAAAAAAAAAAAAAAAAAGACCCAAAAGGAGGGAAGUUUAUUCACUCUCAGUUAUUGUUUCCUGUUCCCAGGUGUUUGGUUUAGGCAUUAGUAAAAGACGUGGGGUUUUAAGAAAGAGUUUCAUGUAGAAUAAAGGACAGUGCAUGGCGAAAUAACCAAUGCUAUGCUAAAUGUGCAGGCUCUCUGUUUUGCCAAUGUAGCCCUGCUUACACACACUGUGCAGCCAUAACCAGGCAGCGGUGGCGUACCCAUUUAUAAUACGGCAGUAAAUGUUAAGACGAGGAGUUGAAAUCGCCUGUCGCAGCUGAGGCUGUGUGUGACUACAAUCUCAGGCUCAUACUGUCCAUAUAUACACACACGCACAUUGUGUUGUCGCUGUUGGAGGAGGAGGCGCGGAGGUCGUACGGUUUGUUAUCCUGCCCCCUCCCCCCUCCCUUGCCAGUCCGCCGGGGCUCCCCCCUCAGCAAAGUCCGCACUUUUCGCCGUGACUCCCUCGCUGUACGCUACGUUUCCAUGAAAUCGUGCGGAGUGUCGCUCUCCGCCGCAGCUGUUGUCGCUGCUGCCGCCGCCUCCCUCGGUGAUGAGAAAAAGAAAAUGGCGGCGGGAAAAGCGAGCGAGACCGAGGAGGACUUACCAAACCUGACAGCGGAAGAACGAGAAGCCCUGGUCGGGCUCGACAGUCGACUUUAUGGAUUUUUAAGGCUGCAUGAAGAUGGCGCCAGAACGAAGGCCUUGCUACUAAAGGCUGUUCGCUGUUAUGAGGCUCUAAUACUGAAAUCUGAGGGGAAAGUGGAGGCAGAUUUCUUCUCUCAUUUAGGCCAUUUCAACCUCUUGUUGGAAGACUAUCCAAAAGCAUUAUCAGCGUAUCAGAGGUACUACAGUUUACAAUCUGACUACUGGAAGAAUGCUGCCUUUCUUUAUGGCCUUGGUUUGGUCUACUUCCAUUACAAUGCAUUUCACUGGGCAAUUAGAGCAUUUCAGGAAGUGCUUUAUGUGGAACCCAGCUUCUGUCGCGCCAAGGAAAUUCAUUUACGACUUGGACUGAUGUUCAAAGUGAAUACGGACUAUGAGUCAAGUUUAAAGCAUUUUCAGUUGGCUUUGAUUGACUGUAAUCCCUGUUCUUUGUCCAAAGCUGAGAUUCAGUUUCACAUUGCUCACUUGUAUGAAACACAGAGAAAGUAUCACUCUGCAAAAGAAGCUUAUGAACAACUUUUGCAAACCGAAAACCUUCCAACUCAAGUUAAGGCUACGGUUUUACAGCAGUUAGGUUGGAUGCAUCACACCAUUGAUCAGCUGGGGGACAAAACCACAAAAGCAAACUAUGCUAUUCAGUAUCUACAGAAAUCUUUAGAAUCAGAUCCCAACUCUGGUCAAUCCUGGUAUUUCCUUGGAAGGUGCUAUUCGAGUAUAGGCAAAGUUCAGGAUGCCUUCAUAUCCUAUAGGCAGUCUAUUGAUAAAUCUGAGGCAAGUGCAGAUACUUGGUGUUCUAUAGGUGUGCUCUAUCAGCAGCAGAACCAACCCAUGGAUGCUCUGCAGGCUUACAUAUGUGCUGUUCAGUUGGACCAUGGUCAUUCUGCAGCUUGGAUGGAUUUGGGCACACUAUAUGAAUCCUGCAAUCAGCCUCAGGAUGCUAUCAAAUGCUACCUAAAUGCAACAAGGAGCAAAAAUUGUAAUAAUACCUCUGCACUUGCAGCAAGGAUCAAAUACUUACAGGCCUGUAAACCUCAUCAUCAGAAUGCUGAAUCUGUACUAGGCCUCAGUCAAACACCAAUUUCACAGCAGUCCUUGCCAUUACACAUGAUUCCUUCUAGCCAGUUAGAUGAACUGUCAAGUCCUGCCAAGAGGAAAAGAACUUCUAGUCCAGCAAAGAAUACUUCUGAUACCUUGAGCAGUGGCAAUUUGGUGUCACAGACUCCAGGGCAGCAACAAGUACAUUCGUGGUGUUUGCCGCCACACAAAAUACAGCAAUUGGAACAGCUACGAGCAAACAGGAAUAACCUAAAUCCAGCACAAAAAGCAGCGUUGGAGCAGUUGGAGGCUCAGUUCGUCUUAAUUCAGCAGCAACAGCAGAUGAGACAAACAGGAGUUUCACAGGUACGUUCUACUGGAAUUGCUAAUGGGCCAACUGCUGACUCAACACUGCCUACAAACUCUUUCUCUGGUCAGCAACAUCAGGUUGCAUUAACCAGGAUGCCUAAUGCCGCUCAGCCUGGAAUCCGUCCGGCUUGCCCUGUGCAGCCUGUGGCUAAUGGACCAUUUCCAGUAGGCCAAGUUUCCUGCAGUACCACAGGGACAGUGAGCAGUGCAGACACUAUGUUGAUAGGCAAUAAUCAUAUAACGGGAAAUGGAAGUAAUGGAAAUGUGCCUUACCCACAGCGAAAUGCACUCGCACUACCUCAUAACCGCACAAACCUGACCAGCAGCGCAGAGGAGCCGUGGAAAAACCAACUAACUAACUCCACUCAGGGGCUUCAUAAAGGUCAGAGUUCACAUUCGGCAGGUCCUAAUUGUGAACGACCUCCUUCUUCCACUGGGCCUUCCCAGCAUCUCCAAGCAGCUGGCACUGGUAUACAAAAUCAGGUUGGACAUCCUACCAUGCCUAGCAAUUCAGUAACACAGGGGGCUGCUCUCAAUCACCUCUCCUCUCACACUGCUACCUCAGGUGGACAACAAGGCAUUAUUUUAACCAAAGAGAGCAAGCCUUCAGGAAAUGGAUCAGUGCCUGAAACAAGCAGGCAUUCUGAGGGGACACCUAACAGCACUGCCGGUGUAGAGGGACUUCCUAAUCAUGUCCAUCAGGUGACGGCAGAUACUGUUCCUAGCCCUAGCCAUGGAGAUUCAAAGUCACCAGGUUUACUUAGUUCAGACAAUCCUCAGCUCUCUGCCUUGUUGAUGGGAAAAGCCAAUAACAAUGUAGGUCCUGGAACCUGUGACAAGGUCAACAAUGUUCAUCCAUCUGUUCAUACAAAAACGGAUAAUUCUGUUGCCUCCUCUCCAUCUUCAGCCAUUUCCACAGCAACAUCUUCUCCAAAAUCUACUGAACAGACUAUGACCAACAGUGUUGUCAGCCUUAAAAGCCCUCUCAGUGGACUUGAUAAAGUAAAUGGAGAGCAAGUGGAGGACUCUCAGAGCCCCACAAAAAAGGACCACCCUUUAACUAGCCACAAAUUAAGUCCCCAGACCAUACCAUCCAUGUCUGUAUCAAUUUACCCUAGCUCAACAGAGGUUUUAAAAGCAUGUAGGAAUCUGGGUAGAAAUGGUUUAUCAAACAGUAGUAUUUUACUGGACAAGUGCCCACCUCCAAGGCCAUCACCUCCACCUUAUCCACCUUUACCAACAGAUAAAUUAAAUCCUCCAACGCCAAGCAUUUAUUUAGAAAACAAGAGAGAUGCUUUCUUCCCACCACUCCAUCAGUUCUGCACAAAUCCAAACAACCCUGUUACUGUCAUACGUGGCCUUGCUGGAGCUCUAAAAUUAGAUCUAGGACUCUUUUCUACAAAGACACUGGUAGAAGCGAAUAAUGAACAUGUAGUCGAAGUGAGGACACAGUUAUUACAGCCUGCAGAUGAAAACUGGGACCCCACUGGAACAAAGAAAAUCUGGCGCUGUGAAAGCAGUCGUUCUCAUACCACCAUUGCAAAAUAUGCACAGUAUCAGGCCGCUUCAUUCCAGGAAUCAUUAAGAGAGGAAAAUGAGAAAAAAAGCCAACACAAAGACCACUCAGAUAGCGAAUCCACAUCUUCAGAUAAUUCUGGUAGAAGACGAAAAGGCCCUUUCAAAACCAUUAAAUUUGGGACCAAUAUUGAUUUGUCUGAUGAAAGAAAGUGGAAACUACAGCUUCAUGAACUGACCAAGCUUCCUGCCUUUGCACGUGUUGUGUCGGCUGGAAAUCUUCUGAGCCAUGUUGGCCAUACUAUACUAGGAAUGAACACCGUUCAACUGUACAUGAAAGUUCCAGGCAGCAGGACACCAGGCCAUCAAGAAAACAACAACUUCUGUUCGGUUAAUAUUAAUAUUGGCCCAGGAGAUUGCGAAUGGUUUGUCGUACCUGAGAUGUACUGGAGCGUAAUGCAUGAGUUCUGUGAAAAGAAUAAUAUAAACUUCCUUUUGGGAUCAUGGUGGCCCAAUCUUGAAGACCUCUAUGAAGCAAAUGUGCCAGUCUACAGGUUUAUUCAAAGGCCUGGUGACUUAGUUUGGAUUAAUGCUGGCACAGUGCACUGGGUUCAAGCAAUUGGUUGGUGCAACAACAUUGCAUGGAAUGUUGGCCCUCUCACAGCCUUCCAGUAUAAACUGGCUGUAGAACGGUACGAAUGGAAUAAAUUGCAGUGUGUCAAGUCUAUUGUACCAAUGGUUCAUCUCUCUUGGAACAUGGCAAAGAAUAUCAAAGUUUCUGAUCCAAAGCUUUUUGAAAUGAUUAAAUAUUGCUUAUUGCGGACUUUGAAGCAUUGCCAAGCACUGAGAGAAGUUCUUAUUGGUUCUGGAAUAGAAACUGUGUGGCAUGGCAGAACGAAAGAUGAACCUGCUCAUUACUGUAGCAUCUGUGAGGUGGAAGUCUUCAAUCUACUUUUUGUGACAAAAGAAAGCAAUUCUCAGAAGACCUAUGUAGUUCAUUGCCAUGACUGCUCAAGAAAAACAUGCCCAAACCUAGAAAAUUUUGUGGUGCUAGAACAGUUCAGAACGGAGGAGCUGAUGCAGAUCUAUGACCUUUUUACAUUAGCUCCUCCAAUGCCUUCACCAUCAUCUUGACAUUAUUCCAUGGACAGUAAAUGAAAAUAUUUCUGAUAUUCAGGAAGCGACUCAGUUCUGCACCACUGUUUUGUUUUGCUUUCUUUGGGGGAGAUUUUUCUCUUUUGUUCCUUUUUUUUUUUUUGUUACAUAGCUGUUCCACAAGGCUCCUGGCUGAAUGCUGCGUCUAUGCAACCUUCCAAGUGCAGAGUGUCAACCAGCUGGACAGGAGAAAUACCUCCUAACCAGGACUUUCCUAUUUAUAAUGCUGUUCCAGCUUUUCCUUAAAAAAGAACCCCAUGUUUUGUAUAUAUCUGGCAAAACAAACAUUAUAUAGACUACUGACUUGAAAAUCACUUUCCUUAUCCCUGCAUUUUUGGGCUAAACUGUCUUUUUCAAUCUUACAACCCUUUUUUCAGAUUUAUUUGCAUUAAGUACUAAUUUAGUUGGCCACCUGUAAAGUAGUUAGAAGUUUAAUGUCUUUUGGGCAAUUUUUUAAUGUGAAGAGUAGGAAUUCUUUAUUUUCCCCUUUUUUCCCAUUUUUGCUUUAUUCUGUUUUUAUGUUUUCUGUCUGUUUUGGAAACCAUAACGGUUACAAUUUGUUUCCUAGAAAAACAAAAUAUUAAAGGGAAAAAAACUGUAAAAAGAUAAUUACCAGCCAAGUCACAAAGAUAAAUGGGUUGCACAUAGACUAAGAAAUAAACUUCAGAUUUGUGAUUUUUGUUUCUAAUCUUGAUGUAAAUUUACACUAUUUAUAAAUACAUAUUUAUUGCUUGAAAAUAUUUGUGAAUGGAAUGCUGUUAUUUUUUUUUCCAGAUUACCUGCCAUUGAAAUUUAAGGAGUUCUGUCAUUUGAAACACUACUCCUGUUACAUUUUCUAUGUGUAAAUAAAACUGCUUAGCAUUGUACAGAAACUUUUAUUAAAAUUGUUUAAUGUUUAAA